UAUAAGUAAUCGGAGACUAAGUGUCGAUGAUUUUUUUUUUGACUAAGUGUAGAUGAUUUUUUUUUUUUGACUAAGUGUCGUUGAUACUAACAAAAAAUAUAUAAAAUGCGCAUAGUAUUUCUCUUUGAAAGUCCAAAUCUUACUUCGAAUUCUAUAUCUAUAUAUGUUUCUCUUUUACAUACAAUAAUUGCGCGUUGUCAAUGAAAUGAUCAAAUUGACAUUAUUUUAUUGGAAGAUUUAAUAUAUAUGAAAUGACUUUGCAAUGGUUGUUGGAUGAUUUUCUCUUGUCCUGCAGUGGUUGUUGGAUGAUAUGAUACUACAGUGCCAACAGUUUAUAAAAAUAGAAAUUAAAUAAAUAUUUUGGACUGAUUAUAGAUAAGUAUUUUCAUGGGGGUAUUCCUGGAGGAUGGAUAAGGCAUUAUCUUUGUACGAAAAACUUCCAAAAAUACCUUUUUAGUUUGAUUUUUUUUUUUAAAUCUUUGGAGAACAAUUUGCUGAAUUAUCAUUCAAGAAUCAACAUACUUUCAGUAAAUUAUUUGAAAGGAUUUAUGAAGUACAUACGUUCGCUGCUUCAGGUCAAGUGAAAGGUAUUAUUAUAUAGGCUAUUAGCACAACAACAAUCAGGUGGAUAUAAUUAGUGUUUUAGGGGUACCUGAACAGCGAUAGGAGUUGUCCUAGAUGUGUUGGUCCAGUAGAAUCGAUUAAUAAUCUUCUUUUUGAAUGUCUUCCAGCUUUGCAGGUUUGGGCUUUAUCGAACUAUCUGUCCCUUCCGGGUUACUUCCCGAGUACAUCUAUAUACCAAAACAUGAACUUUUUGUUUUGGAAGAGAUCUUUCCACUGAAACCACAAUUUGAUAACUUCCCAUGGAUCUACUGGUACAUUUGGAAGGCGAGGAACGACAAACUCUUUAAUGGGAAAGUCGUAUCCUCGAUUGACACUCUCCAACAUGCGUCUCUUGAGGCAGAAUGUUGGAAGAAGGCUAACGAAAAAGAGGAAGAAAAUGAGGAUCAUGACAAUUCUCCUACUAUAGAGUUUGAGACAGUGCUCCAUUGGAUACCUCGAAUCCCUUCCUAUCAAAUUGAAGCAUCAUGAAUCAAUAAUGGCACUGUCAGUGGCUUAGGGUGGAGUCUUAAGGAUCAAAUGAGUUUAAAAUACUUCGGAUUACGGGCGUGUAACAGGGGCCUCUCAGCUUUGCAUGCUGAGAUGGAAGGGUUACUUGGGGCAGCCUCAUGUAUGAGAGACAAAAGGAUCACUUCGGUACGGUUCGAAAUGGACUUCUCGGAUUUAGUGGACAUGACUACAAACCCGAUGGACUGGCCAGCAUUCGUGACAGAAAUCGAAGAGUUCCAGAGGUUACAUGAUGACUUCGAAGAUGUGAGAGUGUCUCAUAUUCCUCAGAGUCGGAAUGGCCGGGCAGAUGUGUUAGCAAAAAAAUACAAGGAUCAAAGGCUAUAUUUUCUCCCAUAUAGAUUAGACCCGGACAGAUGGAGAUGUUCUUUGGAGAAUCGGCUUGUUUGUCCACCAUUUGAUCUAGUAUAUAUAGAUGGGUAAACGACAAAAAACAAAAAAAAAAAUUAGUGUUUUAGGGGCUAAAGAUUGAAGACAAUCUUUCAUAGUCUCCUGAAUCCUUCUCUGCGAUACCAAUGAUUCGAGCCUGAUCUCCAGCCAAUUGAUCUGGAUAAGGUACGUGCUCAAGUUGCAGUCGACAAAUCGUUCAGCCUCAGUGCUUAUGAUGUAGGCUAGUAGGCUAGUAGCCUUACUUGACGUGGGCCUGUAUUACUUAGGUUCAUUAGCAUAAACUGACUCGUUAGUAGAAUCCGGCCCGAAGAUUUAAGGUUUGGACUAUGACCAGAAACGCUUUCUUCCUAAAAGCCUGAUUAGCUCUCUCUCUCUCUCUCUCUCUCUCUCUCUCUCUCUCUCUCUUUUAAUGAUAAACGUGAUCAGCUUCUUUCCGUCGGAUUUGUAUUUAUAUAAGACGAAUUUUAUACAAAAAGAUUCCUUUCGCAAAGUUGUCAUAAUAAAAUGUGUAGAUAGGCAUAUAUUAAUACUAUAAAGACUCAUAGAACACCCAAUAGAAACCAACAUGGAUCAAGAAGCUCUUCUCGUUGGAAAAGCUACGGACCAGCACCCGGAAAAACGCACUGUUUCGACCAUUUCGUGUAUUCUUGCAAGUCAGGCUUUGGAGAAACUUGCAUAUUACGGAUUAGUACCGAACAUGAUACUUUACUUGACGGUGGAGUACGGCAUGGGAACGACGGAAGCGGCCAACAUCCUCUUCCUCUGGUCUGCCGCCACCAACUUCUUCCCUCUUAUCGGAGCUUUCAUCGCUGAUUCAUACACGGGUCGUUUUCCUCUUAUCGGAUUUGGAUCCUCCACUAGCCUUCUGGGAAUGCUUUCAUUAUGGUUGGCAGCAAUGAUCCAACCAAAAUGCGACAAAUCAAUAGACGUAUGCCAACCAACUACACCAUUCCAACUUCUUCUCCUAUAUUCAUUUUUUACCCUCACAUCUAUCGGUGCCGGCGGCGUUAGGUCCUCCUGCUUAGCCUUCGCCGCCGAUCAGCUCCAACUCAACAGCACAACACGUAUCUCCACGACAGCACUAGAAACCCUGUUUAACUGGUAUUACUUUUCGGUCAUGCUCGCUUACUUUCUCUCCGAAUCGUUGCUCGUCUUCGUUCAGACAAAGUAUGGCUGGCAAAUCGGUUUUGGAGUCUCUCUCGCUGUCAUGGCUCUAUCUGUCGCUUUGUUCUUUGUGGCUUCUCCGUUUUAUGUCAAGUUUAAGUGUGAGCCUAGCCUCGUUUCUGGACUUUUCCAGGUUCUUGUUGCUGCUUUUAGGAACCAACAUGUUGAUUUAGCAUCGGAGGAGCAUGUUAUAUCGUACCAUCACGAAACAGGACCUUCAUUUUCAAUUCCAAGCCAGAAAUUGAGGUAUUUGAACAAAGCUUGCGCCACCAGUAACCCAAGGCAAGACCUAACCCUAACAGGAAACUCACAGAACCCAUGGAAGCUGUGUACUGUACAACAAGUAGAAGACUUUAAAUCUCUAGUCAACGUUCUACCAAUCUGGUCAACGGGAAUCAUCUUGUCACUUGUUACAGCUUGUCAAGCCUCCUUCAUAGUUCUUCAAGCCAAGGCCAUGGAUCGUCGCACUUUCAUCAAGGGUUUCGAGAUUCCUCCGGGAUGUUAUGGCGUUUUCAUGAUCAUCUCCUUCGUGGUCUUCCUUGUUAUUUACGAUAUUGUUGUCGUCCCGUUGGUCUCUUGGGCUCUAAGAAAGCCUAGACUGGGAGUUAUGGUGAGAAUGGGAGCUGGGAUUGCAAUAUCGGUGCUAUGCAUCUCGACUCUAGCGAUAGUGGAGUAUGUUAGAAGAAAAAGAGCUAGAGAGGAGGGAGGUACGAUGUUGUCUGCGAUGUGGCUAUUACCAUACAUGCUACUAGGAGGCAUUUCGGAAGCACUUAUUUCGAUAGCACAGAACGAGUUCUUCUACUCCGAGCUUCCCAAGUCCAUGUCAAGCGUCGCCACCACACUCUCCGGCCUCAACAUGGCCGCCGCAAGCCUCGUCUCCUCCUGGAUCGUCACCGCAGUAGAUACAGCCACCUGCCGGAGCUGGAUCACAGAGGAUAUAAACGAGGGACACUUGGACUAUUACUAUUGGCUCAUGACAGCAUUUUCUCUUCUCAAUGUUGUGUAUUUUGUUUGGUGUAGCAAAGCUUAUGGUAAAUGUAAAAGUGAUACAGAUAAUUCAAUAAAUUAGUUAUGUAAGUAAAUCAAAAUAAAUUACAGUACGAAAUAAUUACUAAGAUAAUU